UGAAAUGCGCAUUAAACUAAUAACAUGACGUAACACCAUGUAGGGAAGGUUAAGAAGAUAUUAUUAGACUAAAGAAGGUUAAGCCUAAAUUAGUCGAGUCCUCGAGACUGUUAUUGUUAAGGCUCUUAUAAAUCAUGCAUUAGACUUAGUGACCUACAAAAUAUUACUCAUUUUAUUUAUCCGCAUCACUUUAAGGGUACGUGAUUGCGUCUCAUCAAAAUUACGAUACGUCAACAUGUCAAUUUUAUUAAGGCUAAAUGGUGUGAUACCAACAACCAUAGCUGUACUAGUGGUAACACUAGCAAUACUGCCACUACUAGUAGUAGUUAAUGCUCGUAGUUCCCGUAAGCCUGGCCAGGGUGUGCUUAAUGUUGGAAAACUUAGUCUGAAUCGAAGAUUGAAGACUCAUGCAGGUUAUGAGAUAAGAGAUGGUUCUGUGUAUGGUGAUGUUGAUUAUUCAAUUGGAAGAGGAUGGGAUGAUGAGGAUACAUUUGGCUCAGGUGUAGGACCUGUAUCAGAAGGUUCAGGAGUCAUAGUAUCAAGACUUCCUCCAAUAAAAUACCUGCCAGAGGCAAGACCAAGUCCAACAUGGUUACCACCAGUGAAUUAUCCAGCUCAGCACCCUGAUACCACGAAUAAUAAUGAACAGUAUGGUCUUCCUCCACCUGAGGAUGAAAAUAGAAUCCCAGAAGUUAUUCCACCAAUUAGCAAGGAACCAGAUAUAACAGGUAAAGGCACUUUUAAAGAAAAAACGGUUGUGGAACCAGUCAGCCCUACUGAAAACCAGCUUGGGAAUGAGCUCAAUAUUAUGGGCCAAAAGCAAGAUGAACAUUCAACUUCAAUUUUUUUCCAGACUGGAACACUUUGUGCUGUGAUUGGUGGAGCAAUAGUUGGAUUGCUGUGUGCCAUUCUUGUAGUGAUAUUCAUUGUCUACCGUAUGAGGAAGAAGGAUGAAGGAAGCUAUCCAUUAGGUGAACCUAAGAGGUUUCCACUGGGCAAUCCUUAUACCCCAGGUAGCAGCAAAGAGUUCUAUGCUUAACACAUAGUCUCCAACCAUCAUCCCAUGUUUGCUUUCACAGAGAUCCCUGUUGUAUUUUCAGAGUGCUGUGUCAAAAUUUUAAUUUACGUUCGUUAUUAUGCUUAUCAAAUUUUGUGUUUCAGUCUUGUUCAUAUCCAUCACUUUAGCCUUAAGUUAUUAUUUAAGCUUAGAAUUUAAUGUGUUGUUCCAGUUACAAAUAAAAAGUCUUUUAUGGACUUUUUACCUUUUCCCAAGCAUAAUAUUUAAUCUAGUUUUGCUUCCACCAUUUAGUUCACUCAUUAAAUAACUAGUCUGUUCCAUAAACACACCAAGAAUACUAUACAUAAAGCAUGAUCUGUCUUAUCGCUCACACACAGUUAUGUAGUGUUGUGUGUACAUUUUACAUUGUUGUAUCCUCGCAUCUAAAACCCUACAUUGCAACCUAGUUUGUGUGACAUUGUCUCAUACUUGUAUUUUUAAAACUAUCUAUAAUGUAGUUCACAUUGCCUCAUAUACACUUUUGAAAUUUCAUAUCUAAAUUCUGAUGUGUAUGGUGUUUGAUUCUCAGUUUCAAAUGUAAUUUGUUACACGUUAUACAAUGUAUUAAUUAGGAAGCCUACAUGAAUGUAUAAAAGUUUAUUGUUUUAUGUUAUGUAUUAUAUCCAUGAAUCUUGCAUGAACCCAUUUAUAAGCUCAUUUAAUGAUAUUGAAGCCUAAUGUGCUUUCUGUUAAAGACAUACUCAACUUGAAUCUUCCUAAAUUUAACUGUAUAGUCUAUUAUAUGCCACGUUAUACCAUUUACUCAUUUUGAAGUCUAUAUGUACAUGUAUAAUCUAGUGUGUUCCACAUUAUACCAUAUAUUCAUCUUUAAUCUUACUGUACAUGUACUUGUAAGUUCUAUUGUUCCACGAUAUAUCAUAUAUUCAUCUUGAAUCCAAUUUAUCUGUACAGUCUAGUAUAUUCCAUAUUGUACCAUACAUUCAUAUUUAAUUCUACUGUACAUGUACAUCUAAAUUAGUAUUCCAUUUUAUACCAUGUAUUCAUCUGUAAUCCUACAUUUACCACCAAAUUUUGUGUGUUCCACAAUACCCCAUUACAAAUACUUAUACAUGUUUAUGGUUUUGUUUGACCUACAUUGUAACACACACACACACACACACACACACACACACACACACACACACACACUAGUCUGGUCUGAGCAUCUUUAUCUGAUAUACACACAUCUAGAAUUCAGUACACAUGAAGUUUUGUUUGUCUUAUGUUUUGCUUAUAUACACUCAUGAAGGAUAAUAUUCAUGAAAACACUGGUGGCCUCCGGCAUCUAAAGUUUAAAACCCUACUAUGUUAUCACAGACACUUCUAAACUCUGUUCUGUUCCACAGGAUCUCAUUGAUUUGUUUGGUAUUUAGCUUGUGUGUCCAAUAUCUACAUCUUAAAUCACUAAGUCUAGUCUAUUACACGCAUUCUUCAGGAGUGUUAUGUUUAAAAUAUGGCUGUCUCAUUUUCCCCACAUAAACGUUUGAAGCCCUAUAGCUGAAUUUGGCUCGGUCUCUUAUUGUGUUUUGUGUGCAUUACAAAUCAUGUUUCUGAAGUCUUCUUUGCAAACAUUAUUAUAUUACAAUCAAGGAUAUUCAUAUCUCAAGUCUCAGAGUUACUUGUUCUCAUACUUCUUGUAUUUUUGUUUAAAGCCAUUACUGACCCAUCAGUAUCAUGUAAUACUCUUUAUUUCAACUUCAGGCUCUGUUUAUUUUUGUCACACACAUUUGAUGAAUUAUAAGUCUUAGUUUAUAUAAAUUUGCCCCAAUUGGUUUUUACAACUAUUUAAGUCUAGUUAGUUUCUUUCAUUAUAUCUUUAAUUCUUUAAACUUUUACUUGUAAAGCUACUUAGUAUCUUCAUUGUAUCCUUUCCUGUUCAAUUUGUGCUUGAAAUGUUGAUUUAGUAACUUUCAUCACAUCCUUACUUGUUCACCUUGUGCUUCACAUUCUUGAAUUAGUAACCUUUAUGACAUCUACCCUAUUUAAGGUUUUAUGUAAAUAUCAGGCUAGUAUUCAUUGUUCGAUUCUUACCUGCUACAAUGAAAGGUCAAUUUAAUGUCCAUUGUUCCACACAUAUCUCUGUUAACUUAUAAUUUUAAAUGGAGAAUAUUUUUCAGUGUCUCAUACUUGUUUGAUAAAUUGUACUUUUGAAGUCAGGUUACUGCUUAUCAUUUAUCUGUCUUUGAAAAUCUUAAUUUGAAGUUUUAUUUCUUUUAAUGAAAUAUUAAGAAUUUGUGCAUCUAGACUCUGUUCGAUAGUUGUUGUGCAGACAUGCAACUUUGAAUUUAUGUAGUAUCAUGCUUAUCAAGGUACAUUAAAUGUUAGUAAAUAUUUAAACUCGUAUGUUAGAAUAUGGUGGCAUAUUUUGCCUAAUCAUAGUUUAAGUUAAUAAAGGAAUGACAUGUGCAAUAAACUAAUUAGAAAUAAAAUGUUACUGGAUUGGUAACAAAUACGCAUAAAUAUGGGCUUAUGAUUAGUUUAUCAAGUAAUCAGAUGUUUAAGAUAGCCUUAACACUUAAACCAAAGUUUUUGAAUGUGCCAAGUUGUAAUGUUUACUUGUAACUCAACAUUUUCUUUAGCUUUAUGUCUGUUCUUUUUUUCUUGCCUUGCCCUUUCUUUUUUUUUUUUAUAAUAAUUUUCUAUUUUCAUGAAUUGAUGUCUUGAGUGUACACCCAUUUGAUCAGUUAUAAACCUGAAUAAUUACCCAUACUCAUGUUGAGCACUUGUUUAAAACACUUAUCUGAUAAUCAACUAGACAAACCAUAGAAACUGAGCAAUAACUGUACUUAGCUUUUAAUUUCAAAAUAAUAUAAAACCAAAACAUACUAAACUAAGACCAUUAGUAGGAUAUAACAAAAUUCAUUAUUGACUGACUUAAAUCACCAGCAUGAAGAAUAGUGCCAUAACAAUACAUAAAUAGCCUGGAUGACUGACUAUCUUCAUGUCCUUUCAAAAUAAUAUAAGUAUUUUGUGUGAAUGACCUAUUUGGAAUUUUGACAUAUGAAUAUUGAUUGCUUAGAAGGUAUACUAACUGGAAUACUGUAAGCAACUAACUGUGAUCAUAAUAGUGUUAAGUGUUUAGUAGAUUAGUUUGAUGACUUUUUGUUGAUUUAUGUAGGCUUAAAAUAAUUACCAUGCAUAAUGUUACACUAAAUUUACUCUUAACGUUUUGUAUUAAUGAGUGUUACAAGCCAGCAAGUGUAAGUAACACAAAACAGUAAACGUUUGACUGAUUAAAGGUAACCAGUACUAUUUGUUGACUUAUAUAUAUAGUUUUAUAGCAUGCAUGUUUGCUAUUUGAUAGCAACAUAAGAGUUAGUAGUAUAGGAACAAGAAGAUAAAGAUAAAAAAGAUGUCUAAUAUAACAGAGUAAAUGCUAUUUGUGGUAGAAUGAUUUAAUUAUACUCAGUUUGUGUUUUGGUAUAACUAAAAGUUUAAGAUAGAAAGCACGAAUAAUGGGAAUAUUAAAUUGGGUAUUAAGAAAAUAAAAGCACGUUAUCCAGUGUUGUAUGUAGAUCGAUGUGGGCCCGAGAAACAUGCAAGGAUACCAUACUAUGACCCAGUAUAUUCGAUACUAAGUAUCAAACUUGUUUAAAUAGCAUUGUAUUUUGAUUUAUGUAAACAUAAUAAGCAAGCUAGCUUCAUUCAUAAGGUGUGACAAUAAAUACUGAUACUAAUAUAAUUGAAUUAUGGUAACUAGAACUUGUGUAGGUUAAAUGAGUUUGAAAGAUUACCUGAUGUGGCUGUAAUAGUGUAUUUACUAUAAUUGCAGUUUGAUUUUAUGUAAGGAGAAAAACUAUUACAUUAUAAAUAGCAUCAUAAGAGAAUUGCAGAUGAUUAUUCUAUAAAUUUAGCAGAUUUAUGUCAGCAUAGUAUCUAUUGCAUAUUUUUUGUAAUGCUGGUAAUGUGAUACAGAGAAACUAGCUUUUUUGGUCAGGGUAGUGAGUAUUGCAUGCUUUACAUGUGAUAAACUAAUUCACAGUUUGACACAAAAACUAGCAUUUUGUUUUUGCACCAGGGUAGUGAAGUAUGGCAUACCUUAUAUGUAACAAAUUAGCACAAUCUGACACACAAAAACAGUUUUUUGCCAAGAUGGUAAGUAUUGAUUGUUUUGUUUUAACCAACAUGAUGAUAAACAUGCAUAAUAUGCCACAGAAUAUAUCUUGGAUUGUGUCCAGGUAACGAGUAUUGCAUUGUUUAAUGCCUACCUAAUUAAAAUGCAUUUUUGACAAACUUAACACAAAACCUGUUGGCUUAUGUCAGGGUAGUACUUGACAGAACAUAUAGCUAGUAAAUGAACCAGUUGUUUUGUAGGAAUUUGAAUAAAUAUAUUCUUUGUCAGAAUGAAAAUUAUGAGCUGUAAACAGUUGACAAUGUACUAGUUUACUGAUGUAAACCUCAGAAUCUGCCAAAUUUUGUAGUUUAUGCUACACUACCAUAGGAAUAGAAAACUUACUAGCUGUUCAGUCUCAGGGCAGAAAUUACCUUGAAGUAUGAAUCCAAGCUUAUAUGUAUUAUGGAAUAAUUGUUAAACAGAUACUAGGUUACCUAAACUGAAUUAGCUGUUGGUGACUUUUCAAACUCGGGUACAUUGUUUUUGUUUGAUUAAAGUUGUAUGUUAUUUUGUUGUGUACUCACUUCAACAGAAGUCAGUCUAUCGUGGUAUUAAAAUACAUGUAUUAUUUUAUGUAUAUGAUUUUGAAUUUCAAACUUUGUGAACCAUAAUAGUAGUAUGAGCUUUCAGUGAGGACUACUAUAGUUGGUUAUAGUAAGGCCAAAAUAAAAAUAUUAUUUGUUUCCCCCGUCCUGGCUGAUCCAAAAAUUUCAGCCUAGCUUGCAAAAUUGUAUUCAGUUGUUAGAAAGGACUUUUUUUUUUCUUUUUCUCAAAAAAUUGUUGAAUGUUAUUAUGCUUUGGUUCUGGUUCUUAUCUAUUCCUUGCUGUCUUGAUUAAAGAAGUGCCAUUUGUGAAAGUGCUGGCAAUUUUAUUUGCAAAGGAUUUUCAUACAGUUCUUCCAAAUUAUUAUAAUUUGGAACAACUAGCCUGUUUUGAAGUAUGAUAAAAAUAGAAUAAAAAAAUGACUUUUUACCAUAUGUUCUAUUAUUAUCUUAGACUAGUGAUUGAAAACAAAAUUGUAUAUAUUAACAAAUUAUACAAGUUUAAAGAAUUUAUACAGUGAUCUUGUUCUCGACUUGAAAACAGUUGUUCUGCACAAGACUGAUAUCAUAAGAGUUCCAAUUUUUAGUAAAUUGAUCAGAACUGUUUGUUUCACCACAGAUAUUUCUGGAAGUAUAAAAGUUUGAUAGUACACUUAAAUAUAUUAAAUUAACUGUGAAAUGACAUCCAUGAGCUAGCUGCGUAAAUUCAGAAGUUCAAAAAUAGGAUGAUGCAGACACAUCAUUUCAACUGCAAAUGAGAAAGUUCUAGUCAUUUGUGUAAUGUUUUUGUUAUGUUAAAUAUUUCUAGUUCUGGUAUUGUUUUAUAUUCCUUUAUGUUUUACGAUAUUUAAGUCUCUUAAAAAAAAUCUUACCCUAUCUUCCCACCUAUAACAAUCUGGGUCAGGAGAGGGGGAAACAUAGGUGUUUUUAAAUGUGGUCUAAACAUUUAUUGAUGUUUUUCUCCAAGAGCAGCUCAUACUCAGAGUACUUAUUUUACUGCAUUGUCUCAAUGAAAUAAUUUAGAUAAUUUUUGGUCACACUUUUUUAUUCAGUUUAACCUAGUCUUUAUGUUUUAUCUGCUUGUUAUUCUGUAUAUUGUAUUAAAGAUGUAACAAACGUAUGUUUUAGGAUGAAAUUAACAUCUGAAAAUAAAAUGUUGAACUUUAUUCUGAA